AGCACAGAGGGAGAAACGCCGCCGCUGCUGGAGCCUCACACCGCGGUCAGACCCCUCUGAAACACCCGCUCUGCAAUUAAGCAGCUCCCUUUAAUUUACACCCAGACUGCGGUUUUUAUUUUUCUGCCUCUAUUCACAUUAAUUUCACCGCUGACAUCUUGGCACCAGACCCCUUCAUCUGUCUGUCAACACACCGGCUUCGACUGUCUGUCAGCGGGGGGAAAGCAGAGACAAAUCCCGGUGAAAAACAAUCAAAAAUACAUUUCUAUCCAAAAGGUUCAGCAGGACACCUUCCGGUUGGACUACCCUGUCACUGCUGCCAUCAACAUGGAAGAAGACAAUCACGUUCCUGAGGAUCUUUCCCCGGAGGAGAGGGAUGAGCUGUCAAACAUCCGACGCAGGAAGAGAGAGCUGCUCGAUGAUAUUGAGAGGUUGAAGUUUGAGAUAGCAGAAGUCAUGACGGAGAUCGAGCAGCUGACGUGUGUCGGAGAAAGCAAAACAUCCCAGAGAAACAAACAGAUCGCCAUGGGCAGGAAGAAGUUCAACAUGGAUCCAAAGAAGGGAAUCCAGUUCCUGCUGGAGAACGACCUCCUCCAGCACACCCCCGAAGACAUCGCCCAGUUCCUGUACAAAGGAGAGGGCCUCAACAAGACGGUCAUUGGAGACUACCUGGGCGAGCGGGAUGACUUCAACCUCAAGGUGCUGCAGGCUUUUGUGGAGCUGCAUGAGUUUGCAGAUCUCAAUCUCGUCCAAGCGCUAAGGCAGUUCCUGUGGAGUUUCCGUUUGCCAGGUGAAGCCCAGAAGAUCGACCGUAUGAUGGAGUCGUUUGCAUCGCGGUACUGCCAGUGCAACCCGGGGGUCUUCCAGUCCACAGAUACCUGCUACGUACUGUCCUUUGCCAUCAUCAUGCUGAACACCAGCCUCCACAACCCCAACGUCAGAGACAAGCCCCCCGUGGAGCGCUUCAUCUCCAUGAACAGAGGCAUCAACGAGGGGGGAGAUCUGCCCGAGGAGCUUCUCAGGAACCUUUACGACAGCAUCAAAAACGAGCCCUUCAAAAUCCCGGAGGAUGACGGGAACGAUCUCACGCACACGUUCUUCAACCCGGACAGAGAGGGCUGGCUCCUAAAGCUUGGCGGCAGGGUGAAGACGUGGAAGAGACGGUGGUUCAUUCUGACCGACAACUGCCUCUAUUACUUUGAAUACACAACAGAUAAAGAGCCCCGUGGGAUUAUUCCUCUGGAGAACCUCAGUAUCAGAGAGGUGGACGAGCCCAGAAAACCUAACUGCUUCGAGCUCUACAACCCGAACCACAAAGGUCAGGUGAUCAAGGCCUGCAAGACGGAGGCGGACGGGCGUGUCGUCGAGGGCAACCACGUGGUGUAUAGGAUAUCAGCCCCAACGCCGGAGGAGAAGGAGUGGAUCAAAUCCAUCAAAGCGAGCAUCAGCAGAGAUCCUUUCUACGACAUGCUGGCCACCAGGAAGCGGAGGAUAGCCAAUAAGAAGUGAUGACCGUCCCACCGUCAUCCACACCUGAGUCCUCGUGCGUGUGUGUGUGUAUGUGUGUGUGUGUGUGUGUGUGUGUGUGUGCGUGUGUGUGUGUGUGUGUGAGUGUCUCAAAGGCCUCCUGUGUGUUCUGUAAAGGCUGGAGGAUGAGCAGCAGGUGCAAGUCGUUUGGAUUUAAAUGGAUCAUUUCUACCUGAAGGCCGUCUGCACCUGUGUGUGAAGGACUCUGAACUCUGAUGUGCCGUUUAGGUGGGACUUUAUGGACAAAAGGAAAUACUGUGUGCAACAAAAAAAAAUUGGACAAAAGGACUACAGCCAUGACGGGAAUCAUGGGAACUCUUUGCAUAGUGCGCCCUCUGGUGGACACAUGAGGAGGAACUCAUACGUGGCUUUUCUUAUUUGGCUUUGAGUCCCUGAUGGAAAACCUUUUAUCCUCCUCACCUCACAUGUGCUUCUGCAGUUUCAUGUAACUACAGAAGACUUCAAGCUUAUAAAAUCAGCUGGUCUGAUUGGUAGUGACUGUAUCUGUACAUACAAACACAGAUUUAUUCAUUUACAGCAGGGCUGCCACUAAUUAUCCAUCGAUGAAUCAGAUGAAUAAAUGAAUUGUUUGGUCGAUUAAAGGCCAGAAAAUAGUGAUAAAUGUCCAUGACAGUUCCCAAGGUCCAAGGUGAUGGCUUUUUUUAGUGGAAAAACCCAAAUACUUUCCAUUUAUUAUGAUGGAAAACAAAGAAAAUCAUUGAACCCCCAUAUUUUGAAGGCUAAAAGGAGAAUUUUUUGGACAUUUCUUAAUAAAAAAAAUACUUCAAAUGUUUAUCUUUUAUCAAGAAAACAAACAUAUAUAAUUUUGGGUUAUUGAAUUUUGCAUAAUUGUUGCAGCUGUUAUAUUUCCAGGCAAAGGAAUUGAUGCAGGUCGUGAAAUAAUACUCUAAAUAUAUAAAAAGCCCCUUCUCAAAUGCUGUAUACAUCCUAUAUUAACUGUCAUUUUAUUGAAGAUCCACCUGUGUUCAUUUCUUUUUGUAUUUAUUUUCUUAAUUUGGUUAACAAGAGGCAGCCCCCGCCCCCCCCGUCAUUUACAUUAUGCAUGUGUAGAAUAUAUUGUACAUACUGUUCCUUUGUUUCCUCUUCUGUUGUGUUUGUGUAGCAUGUAAAUCAUAGCGGCCGUAGCCUGUACCCGUUCACCUGUUUUAGUUUUAACCGCUAACAGUUUACAGAAGAGGAGGAGCAGCGACGCCUCCUCCUCCUCCUCCUCCAUUACUGAAGGUAUACAGGAGGUUAUAUGAAGGAAACUCACUGUGCUGAGCUGGAAAACAGAGAGCAUAGGUGAGUGAAAAACACCGUGAAAGAAGCUAAAUACUGGACAUUUUAAAACUCAAAUGAUGUGAAACUGGAAUCUGAUUUUCCCCAAACGGAGAUCGAGACGACUUGAAGCCUCGUUUUUUUUAAUAGUAGAUGUCAUUUUAAAGGUUAAUUGAUCUUAGUUUGGGAAAGAUGCUCAUGAAUACUAUGAAUAAAAACAUCAUGCUGAUCAGAAAA